AUGCCACCCAUCAGCGUCCAGAGAUUCAUGCGCCGCACAGAGGCUCUGCGCCGUGCGCCCCCGCCCCUCGAUCACCGCGCCAGCGAGCACAUGCCAACCCUCAUUCCCCGUCCCUCGACCCCGAGCACGCCCGCCGAGAUCGUGCGUGGGACCUCGCGCUGGCCCGGCGUCCUCGUCCUUCGCCCAGUUACUGUGUUUGCCCCGCCGUCGUUCUCCAAUGUCUCCAAUGUCGGAACGCCCGGCUCAGAGGCCAGCGACAUCCUCCAGACGCCCACUGAGGCGUCCCGCGAGUUUGAGCUCAAUGUCAAGGUGAAGGCCGCGAACAUGCCGCCUGCCCGGUUCCCUUCGCCGGUGCCCUUUGGUUCCAACAAGAAUGACAAGGUCCCUCCGUCGUCGGUGAAUAAUGAGCUGCUCAAUUCGAUCAAUUGA